AUGCCUAUCUGCAUAGAGUGUUCGUAUCCGGUCUCGCACCUGUACAGUGCUUACAGUCGGGCCGAUGAUCGCUCCCAAGGAAAGGGGGUGCGAUUGACUCAGUGCCCACGAUGCCAGCGUUUCGCCGACAAAUACGUCGAAUAUGACUUCGUCGUGAUCUUUAUUGACCUAGUACUCAUCAAACCACAACGAUCAAUCAUUCGUCUCGGUAUCCUUUUACUCCUAUUUGACGUUUACUUGACUUGGGCCCGACUCGAGAAAGACCCAUCUCUAGCGACGGCUUUCAUUUCUCGUGCUCCAAUCGUCGUGCAAUACCUCUUCUUCCUCACCUUGAACGCGCUCGCGACCCUUGCGCACCACCUCACAGUCCGCCUACUGGCCUCGGUCCUCGUUCCAAAAUCCCAUCGAUAUGUCUCGUCGGAGGUUCCCAACAGCGCGAACAACCCGUCCAGCAACACGUAUUCCAAUAACUCCGGCGAUACGACCGACGGCGCAACCACACCUUUACCUACUGAACCCCCAACACCAACCCUCAAGCCCUCACCUUCAUCACAAACCAUAAACGCACAAGCCCAAUCAAACAAACUUACCCCGAACCCGAGCUCCUCAAGUGAUCCUCAAUCCCAACCAGACCCUUCUCAAAAUCCACACAAUCUACACAAUCUCCUUCCAGCAUCAAUCUCUCUUCCCGCACCAGCAAGACCACCACCACCUCUCCGGCGCGCCUCUACAGCCCCAAUCCAAAACAUCAAACCACUGCCACCGCCAACAGCCGCAAGUCCAACCGCAAUUAGCACCGCCCUGCUAGUAAGCAGUUGCGCAAAGCUAUUCCCCAUCCUCCUGGUAAUCUGGGGUGCGGACGGCAGCGGCACCAGCAAAACGGGAACUACAGCUACAACGUCAAACCCACACUCCAAGGCUGCACUUUCAUCGUCUAGGGACGCGGAGUACGCUGCUUCGGGAUCCUCAUCGCUUGUUGAAGCGUGGCUUGGAGCUGCAGAAUCAUUCCUACGACCCUUCCUGCCUACGAGGUACCUUACAGGCUUGUUUGAUAUCCUUGCCUCAUUGUUGUCGCUUGGUGUUGUCGAUACACAUCUUGUGUUACUGAGUAAUAUUGAGGCGCUUUAUAUCUUGCUUGGAUGUGGGUAUUUGAGGGCUGUUGCAGUUGCGGUUGCGGGACAGGUUGCUCGGUGGGCGGUUCAGAAGGUUAUCCUUGGAGCUGUGGGGGUUGGAUAA